AGAGAGAGAGAGAGAGAGAGAGAGAGAGAGAGAGAGAUUGGUGAAGAUCAGUUGAGUCGUUGAGUCUCGUCACGGAGAUCUUCAGUCAAUGACAGCGCUCACAUUCUCCUCUUGAAGAUGCUUGUGCUGGUCGGUGUGUGUGCGCUGCUGAUCGCCGGGGCUUCUGCCCGCAACGACAACGGCAAUUUUUUGGACGACAAAUGGUUGACCGGGAGAUGGGACAAAUUCAGAGAUGAACCAGGAACAUGGAGCCCAGGAAAACCAUUCGAUCAAGCUCUGGACCCUGCCAAAGAUCCGUGCCUCAAGAUAAAAUGUGGCCGCCAUAAAGUGUGUGUGGCAGAAGAUUACCAAACACCCACCUGUGUUAGUCAACGCAGGAUGAGUUUAAAGGACAUGAAUUUGAACUCACCACUGCUGAAAUGCAAAAGAUGUCCAGUUGUGCACCCUGCACCUGUUUGUGGAACAGAUGGGCACAUUUACUCCACCAAGUGUAAACUAGAAUAUCAAGCUUGCAUCUCUGGGAAGCAGAUUUCUGUGAAGUGUCCAGGACAGUGUCCCUGCCUUUCAGGAAAUACAGCAGAGAAGAGAGAGUGUGGUAAUGCAGAGAUGACUGAAGUGGUUAGCAGAUUACGAGAGUGGAUCACAGUUCUUCAUGAGAGUGGCAAUCCCAGCAAGAAAUAUAAGUUCCAGAAGCCAGAGAGGAAGGUGGACAUGAGUAAGGUGCCCCUCUGUAAGGACUCUCUGGGCUGGAUGUUCUCCAGACUGGACACAAACUUUGACCUUCAGCUCGACCAAUCAGAGCUGUCCAGCUUGAGCUCAGAGAAGAGUGAUGUGUGCACUAAAGCCUUCCUCAGGUCAUGUGACCCAGACAGAGACAGGCUCGUUUCCAGCCAGGAGUGGUGUUCUUGCUUUCAGAGAUAUCAAGAAACUCCCUGCCAAUCAGAGAUCACCGUCAUCCACAAACAACAAGCUGGGAAGAAAUUACUGGGUCCAUACAUCCCCUCCUGUGAUGAGAAUGGCUUCUAUAAGCCUCACCAGUGUCAUGGUAGCAGUGGUCAGUGCUGGUGUGUCGACCGCUAUGGAAACGAGGUCGCGGGGUCUCAUACCCACGGGCCUGCUGACUGUGCCGCGGAGUCUUCCGGAGAUUUUGGCAGUGGCGACUCACUGCUCUCAGACGAUGAGGAUGGUGAUGUUGUAAAUGAUGAAGAGGAGAUGGGAGAUGAUGAUGAUGAAUAUGAACAAGUUGAUGAUGAGUAUGGGUACCUGUCAUAAUCAGGUUUUUUUUUUUUUUUUUUUUUUUUUUUUUUUAUUAUAUAAAAAUAUAAAUAAAAAAAAAAGGAACCAAAUAAAAAACAAACUUUCAUUUGGUCUUAAAGCACGUUUCUAGGUGACCUCGGCAGAGUGCAGUACUAACAUUACUAAAGGGUCCAUCUACCCCUUGUGCUGUAUAACAUUUGUACAAAAUUAAUAAUACUCAAUAACCACAUUUCAUUUUUGUUAUAUUUCUUAUAUUCAUCCAAAGCGAAUAAGUGUAUUGACAGACCUAGAAGUUCAGGAAUUCAUUAGCGGGUUUGAUGAGAAAUUAAUGAGGGUUAAUUUAAGAAAUUAAUGAGGUUGUAUAUGAGAAAUUAAUGAGGGUUAAAUGUUUGCACUUAUAAACAUGCACACAAAUACACAUACAAAAUACAUGCGUACACACACCUGAAGGCAUGAUUCCAUGAGCAACUCGCUCCGUAACUCUUUACACCUGCUAGGAUGUGAUUUUACAGUCAUGCCAUGAGGUCUUAAUGUUGAUUUUCACACAUUUUGUCUCAUAACGGUUCGCCAUAAUCACAUGCCUACACUUAUUUAUCAAUGUUUUUCCUUAGAAGAAUGAAUACUUAAAACUACUGAUGAAUUAUCAAAACGUAUUAACAUUUGAUAUUUAAAGGUCGACAUUCUAGAGCAAAUUGUUUGACGCAGCCUGGAUUGACCACACUUCCGACACACAAUAAAAUAGAUGUGACUGCAGUUGAUGUUACGAGAGGACAGAGUCAUGCUAUUUACAGAGGCUUAUACACACACACACACACACACACACACACACACACACACACACACACACACACACUUAUCUUGUGAAUAGUUUGGCAGUCCUUGGGCAUGAGGUGCCUUUGACGCAACACAGAGGAACGGGUGGAAAAGAGGUCUGGAGAAAAGAGAGAAGGAGAUAUUUAGAGUUAGAAUGUAGAACUUGACUGCCAUAUGAAUAAAAAAAUGAGAGGUUUUUGCGUCACGUUCUGUUGUUUUUGUCUAUAGGAGAAAGUGAACAUGAUUAGUUAGUUUGCAUAUGUUACUGUAGACAACAAAUCAUAUGAUAGAUGCUGCUGCUGUCACUUAUUCUCCUCGUCCCUCUCAGUGCUUUUGCAUUUUCUGUCAGAUUUGUUUUAAUAAUGUGCAUAUGAAAAUAUUAAUUUCCUUCUAUGGACAUUGUGGUGUUUCCUGAAAAAGAAAAA